GAAACUGCCGUUAGUUCGGUUUUAGCUCUGAAACGGUAUUGACGGUCUUUCAGCUAAACUACGCGCAAACUUUUUUCAUUUCAACAAUUUGCUAAGCAAAAAAAAGAUACAAAUUACAAGUGUUGGAAAAUAGCAUCACAUCAAUAACAACAACAUGCUUAUUGUUCAACUGUCACCUAUUUUCAACGAGAAUUUUUAUUAAAUUAUCCUUAACUCGACUAAAGUAUAAAAAAAGAAACAACGUUUAAAAAAUCUGUAGGGAAAUUUGAAAUGUCACAAAAAGUGUUUUUAAUUUUCUUUUCCAAAAAUGAUGUAAAAAUAAGAAAAAAUACAUGAUUUUAAUAAAAAUUUAAGAAAAUUUAAGUGUGAUCACCAUUAACAAUGGAGUGCGUGAGUGUGUAAAAAAUAUAAAAAAGUAUUUAUGGAAAUAGAAAAAUUGGAGUAAAUUGUUUAAAAUAAUUAAAAUUUUUUUAGUGUAAUUAACGCUUAACGUUUUUCAGAGCUCUUAACAAAUUUUACGGUCGCGUUUAAGUUUAUAUGUAUGUUUCAACAUGUCGCAAGAUGAUUAAAUUGUCAUUAGCUUGUUCCCAUGGUGGACUUUAAGAAAAAAUGCCUGCUUUAAAUAAAAAUGGAAAAUUAAAUACAUAAAGAUUUAAAAGCAAAAAAAUAAAAGAAAAAGUUUUUCUGUCAGUAAAACAAACAAAAUCGAGAAAUUAAAUAAAUUAAGUGAGUAGAGAGUGACACAAGUGUUUAUAAACGUUGAGCUACAUAGCACGUUUAUGAGUCUUAAUUAGCAGUACACAGAUAGUUUCAGCUGAUGUAAGCAUUAAAUCAAAACGCCUGCACAAACAUAAGGAGCAAAAAAACAAAAUAUACAACAGCAAAAGAAACAAAUUGAAAUAAAUCCUUACAGAAUAGACAAAAAAUCGUAUACUGGUCAUAGACCCAGCAAGAUAUUUUGUUGAACUGUCUGUCAGCUAAACAAAUCCAACCCACCCACCCAUAUAACGGGUUUCAUUCAUGCUCUUAUAUAAACAUCUUUUUCAACACAUCACAUCCCAGUGUGCAUACAUGUAUGCGUGGCUGCUUGCGUGCCUGCCUGCCACAGUUGUGAAUGAGUUUGUAUGAGUAUUUAUAGAAUCCAAGACGACAGACGAAGGACCCCCACAUGAGUCGAUGAUAUUUGUUGUUGUUGAUUUGUAAUGUGCACAAGUAUUGGUAAUGGUAUUAUAACAAUUUAAUGUUAUGCGUUUGUUGCCAAGGAUAUAUCAUCUCAAAUAAAAAGGAACAAACAGCAGCAACAACAACAACAGUAUCAUUAAAAUAGAAAAUACUGAAAGAGAAGAAGAUGAUUUACAAAUUGAAAUGUUUUUAAAAAGGCGUUUUUAUGGCCAAAAACAGCAUAAAAUCAUCAGCCGCUAAACGUAUGAAAAUUUCAGGCUAACUGAAUUUGGUUGGUUGUCCGUUCGGUCAAUGGCCCUUUUUAAAUCAUUGAUAACUACUACUAUUGCAGCUCCCUCUACUAUUGCUGCCCCACAAACAGCAACUAACUGCCCCUUGGCUCAACAUCAACAUCAUUCUUUGUAACUGUAUGGAUGGACCCAUUAAAGUAAUCCUAAAUAAUACAGAAAACUGUAAGAAAAAAGCAUAAAAAGGAAUUCUUAAUAAAAUGUCAGAAAUGCCAACAGCAUCGACAUUUCAAUUUUAAAUGUGUGUAUGAAUGAGUGCGCUAUUUUUAUUUUCGCCCAAAAUCACAGGAAACAAACAAAAAAGCGAAAAAACAGCAAAACGAAAAAGAUAACUAACGAAAAGUUUUCAGAAAAACAAAUAUUACAACUUGAUCAUAAAAGGACCUAAACUAGAGCAACAAUUGCUCAAAAAUAAAAAAUAAAUUUGAACAGCCAAAAACGAACAAAAACUGACAACCAGUAAUAAUGUUUUCAUCAACACAAAUCAUUUUGUGUUGCUCUUAGCGCUGCAAAAAAUAAAUAAUUGUUUAACAAAAAAUCUCCGAAAAAAAAGAAUUUAAUUAAAACAACAACCCCACUUUACAACUCGACUACUCUACUCUCGACUCUUUUACACAUUUUCAACAACCAAAACAAUUAUACUUUGACCAAAUUAUAUACCAAAAAACAAAAAAUAAAUAAAAACCCAAAUUAUAAAUAAAAUCUAAAAGAAACAAAAUAUAUUUAAAUUUAUAAAAAAAGAAAAUGCAAAAAAUAAUAACCCAACAAUCAUUGAACUCUUCUACUGUUGUGGUGGUGGUGGCGGCUGAUGUCUUUAGCAAAAUGAAAUUAAAAGAUCCUUUGGAAACGCCUUUCAAGUUACAAAAAACGGAUGUUGCUGUUGUAGCUGCUUCUGCUCCCAGCAAUAUAUGUCAACAUUGUCAUCGUCUUUAUCAGGAAAAGCAUUAUCAGCAACAUAACGAACGUCAUCAUCAUCACCAACAACAACAACAACAGAAUCACCAACAUCAUCAGCAUCACAAUCAUCGCUAUCGCCAGUCAACAGCAGCAAUACAUUGGAUUAAAAAUCUUCAUUUCGUCUGGUUUGUGAUAACAUCCUUAUUAGCUGCACAUCUGCCUGGAUAUUGUUGUGGUCAACAGCAGAAAUUCCGUGUGACACCGCAUGAUUUACAAGUGCUGGAAGGUGCUGAGGCCAUGUUGCGUUGUGAAGUUACAAAUUUAGCCGGUGCUGUGCAAUGGACAAAAGACGGGUUUGCACUGGGGUUUUCAGCGGUAAUACCGGGAUUUCCUCGUUACUCUGUAUUGGGUGAUCGCAAACAGGGUGCUUACAAUUUAAGAAUAUCGAAUGCCUCCAUAACCGAUGAUGCUGAAUAUCAGUGUCAAGUGGGUCCAGCCCGUUUGAAUUCUGCCAUACGUGCUAAUGCCAAACUCACUGUUAUAUCACCACCUUCAUCUAUUGAAAUUAAGGGUUAUACGAACAACGCCAAAGUGGAGGUUCGAGAAAAUCAAGACUUAACCUUAAAGUGUAUUGUAUCAAAUUCAAAACCUGCCGCACAAAUUGUCUGGUAUCGAGGAAACGUAGAGUACAAACCGGAAAAUCGCAACGAUAAAGUCGAGGAGACGACACCGAAACGUUUUACCACCACCUCAAGUUUAAAAUUGAAACCCACUGCCGAUGACGAUUACACGGAGUAUACAUGCCAAGCGAAGCAUAAAGCUUUGGCGCCUGAUAUGCCCAUGCGUUCCACAGUACAACUGUCAGUUUUGUAUCCCCCUGGCCCACCAUAUAUUGAAGGUUAUACACAAGGCGAAACCUUAAGACGAGGACAAACUGUGGAAUUAAUUUGCCGCAGUAGAGGAGGAAAUCCACCAGCUCAAUUAAUAUGGUACAAAAAUGGUUCACAAAUUCGUAUGGCUUAUAGAACGUCAGGACGUUUGUCGGAGAACAUUUAUACGUUCACAGCAGAGGCCAGUGACAACAAGGCUCGAUUUAGGUGUGAAGCCAGCAACGUCAUGUCACAGACACCACUUAAAGCUGAAGUUGAUCUCACAGUUUUAUUUGCUCCAACACAUGUUUCAAUAUCGGGAUCAACGGAGGCACGAGUGGGCGAUGUAGUGCCACUUACAUGCACAACGGCAGCCUCUAAUCCGCCGGCUGAAAUAAAGUGGAUGGUUGGCGGUCGCCAAAUACGAAAUGCGACAUCACGCACAACCGUCAGUCCCGAAGGUGGCUGGAUUACAAUUUCAAAUAUAACGGCUGUCAUUGAGCCCAACAAACGUUCGCUGGUUGUCAUCUGUCACGGUCUCAACAUGCAGUUAACGGAGAAUGUUGUCUCCACCCAUACAGUCAAUGUUUUGUAUCCCCCCAUACCACCUAUAAUUUCCGGUUACAUAGAAGGACAAAUUAUACCGGCCGGUUCGGUACAGAAACUUUUGUGUGUUUCUUCUGGUGGAAAUCCUUUAGCUACACUAACUUGGUACAAAAACGAUAAAAGGAUAAACUCUGUAAUACGCACUGCCGACAAGUCUGUUUCAGCUGAAAUAACAAUUCUGGCAAAUGUAACCGAUAAUCAAGCUCAAUAUCGUUGUGAGGCAUCAAAUAGUGCCACAGAAAUACCACUUUUUGAAUCAACCACAUUAAGCGUGCAUUUUGCCCCCGAAACCGUCAAGAUACGCAUUGAACCGGAAGAAUUGAAACCAGGCAUAGAGGCGACUAUAAUUUGUGAUUCUAGUUCUAGCAAUCCACCUGCUAAAUUAUCCUGGUGGAAGGAUGGCAUACCAAUUGAGGGUAUAAAUAAUACGUCUAAGCCUGGUCUUUGGGGUGGUACCGUCUCAACGUUGGAAUUUAAAGUAAACAUCACACAGGAAAUGAACGGCAUAGUUUACACAUGUCAAAGUGCCAACGAGGCACUACAGCGUAGUGUUCAUGAAGCCAUAAGCCUGGAUGUGCUGUAUCGUCCCAAAUUUGUGCCACCACCUUCGUCGACGGCGGUCGGUGUAGAGGGUGAAUCACUGCUGGUUGCCUUGCAGGCCAAUGCCAAUCCCAUGUCAAUUACUUACACUUGGUCAAGAGAUGGUCAAACAAUACCCAGUGCUGUUAAUGGGGCAGAGCCACGCAUCUUUGCCGAUGGCUCCAAGUUGAAUUUUACAAAAUUGCAUCGCAAUGAUGCCGGGCUGUAUGUGUGUGAGGCACGCAAUUCCCAAGGCACAGCUCGCAUUAAUGUCAGCGUGGUAGUAGAAUAUGGCACCACCAUAAAAGCGGUUUCAGAAAAUGUCAUUGUCAAUCCCGGUGAAGACGCCAUGUUAUCGUGUACGGUGGAGGGUAAACCUCUAACAGAGGAUCACGUAAAAUGGGAAAGAUUGGGCUAUGAUAUGACCAUAAAAACCUCAUCAACAUUUGCCAAUGGCACCUCGUAUUUACACAUUAAAGAUGCUCAACGUGAAGAUGUUGGUAAUUUCCGUUGCAUUGCUGAUAAUCGUGUUGCCAAUCCCACUAGUCGCGAUGUUUUGCUGAUAGUCAAAUUUGCACCGGAAAUUGAUAAAUCACCCACUCUGCUGCGAGCUGCUAGUGGUACAGGUGAACGUGGUCGUUUGCCUUGUCGUGCUCAGUCAUCACCCAAACCUAAGUUUAUAUGGCGCCAAGAAGGUAAAGAUUUGCCAGUUAAUCGUUCCUAUAAAUACGAAGUAGAAGAAAAGAAAAUCGACUCUCUGACGUACGAGUCAAUAUUGAUUGUAGAAAAGGUUGCUCCUGCCGAUUAUGGAGCCUACGAAUGUGUGGCAAAAAAUGAUCUGGGCCAGGCAAUUGAGACGGUACGUUUGGACAUAACGUCACAACCCGAUACACCUUUAAGCUUGAACAUCUUAAAUGUCACCCACGACUCUGUGACGGUAGCCUGGACUCCAGGCUUUGAUGGAGGUAUAAAGGCUUCUUAUAGAGUACGUUUUAGAGAGGCAAAUCGUGAGCAAUACAAAUAUAUUGAUGGUCUACCAAACAGUCAUAAACUGACCAUAAAUGGCCUUAAAAUGAAUACAUUGUAUCUAUUUUCGGUAAUGGCAUACAAUGAUUUAGGUGAGAGCAAAUACUUGCCUGACCUGCAAAAAGCCCAUACAAAAGAAGCACCGCCACCAUCACAGCCAGCUUCAUCAUUGGGUGGACCUCCUACGACGAGUGCCACACCAUUGGGUGGCUCUUCGGGUCUACUGCUGUUGGUUGGUGUAGCAUCUGGCAUAACAAUAGUGGCUUUGAAUAUACUCAUCAUAGGUUGCUGUCUGCAUAAACGUAAUCAAAAGCGUCUCAAACGAGAAUUUACGUUGCGUUAUACUUUUUUUUCACUCCCUGAUGGAGAAAAAUUAGAAAAAGAAACAAAAUCUGUUAAAUAAGUGAAUCAAAAGGAA